GCUAACUAGCUGCCGAAUAGGCAUCAACUCACCACGUAGUUUAUUCUUUAAGUUUGUCCAUAGGCUACCAGAGUGAGGACAUACAUUUUCGGAAUAAAUGUGGUGAGUGAAACAAUUAAAUAGCCCACUUCCUACCCGGUAUCAACUUUGUAUGCGGUGUUUGUUGGCAACCUUGUUUCCGCAGUUUUUGGAACAGAUUCCUGUUGGAACGUUCCACAAAUUAUACCCGUUAACAAAUAGCACCUGAAAAAAAAAAAUUAAGAAGUUACGAGAAACUUGACAGCUUGAAUAAAACAUUUGUGCAUACCUCUCCGGGCGAUUAAAGACAUAAAUCGCCUAAAAACCCACAUUGUAAUCGUGAUUUUACAGGUAAUUAAUUCAAACUUUUGCCCUUUCGUUGUUCGCCGAUCUCACGCCGAUGCGGAAACAAGGAUCACGCAUACUUCUUUCCGAGGCACUUCAUGUUCCCCCGCUCUCCAGGUUAUUUAUGCUGCAUUUGAAAUCUCACUGACUUUCAUCUCAAGUGCGUUCGUUUUUAUAUAUUAAGAUAUUUUAUUUAUUUACAUUUCAAUAUGAAUAUGAAUUAACUUUGGUGACAUUUUCAAGACAUAUAUUAUCUCGAUAUAUUUUGUUGUAAUAUAUACUAUAAAAUCAAGUACAGUUGUUUUUCUUGGAUAUGACUAUUCUGUCAGGCCUACUUGUCCGUUUAUAAAUUAUGCGUAAUAUAUGGUAACGCCUUUUUCACUUCCUCUACUCAUUGUUAUUUGAUAGUGAGUGUUUGUGUGAAGAACAAUAAACGUCAUGAUGCUAUACCAGUGAGAAAAGGAAACGUCGGCCAGUGACCGCGGUCAAGUGCAACAACAACAAAUGUCCUGACACCUGUUAUAGAAGUAAUACGUUUGAGUGAAUGAAAAGGCAUAGACCUAAGUAAAAUAAGAAAUUCGUUUGUUGGGACUUGAUUGAGGCAGAAGAAUAGCCGAUUUACUUAUGGCAAGUCCGGAGAGAAAUAAGAAGAUUUUGCUUGAUAUGGUGAAACAGCCCAGCAACGACCAUUGUGCCGACUGUGGGGCCCCUGAGCCAGACUGGGCAUCAUACAAACUUGGUGUGUUUGUAUGUGUGAACUGUUCUGGGACACAUCGGGACUUUCCUGCCAUCAGCCAGAUAAAGUCCAUACGCUUGGAUUUCUGGGAUGAUUCCCUAGUAGAGUUUAUGAAGACAAGGGGUAACGCAGCAGCCAAUGCGUUCUAUGAGAAGUGUGUUCCGCCAUUCUACUACCGGCCACAGGAGAAGGACUGUGUUGUUCUUAAAGAUCAGUGGAUACGUGCUAAGUAUGAGAGGAGAGAAUUCACAGGAGAGAGUAACUCCCUUCAGCAAGGUUAUAGUUCAGGACUUUACGAAGGAAUACUAUGGAAGAAAGGCAAGGACAACAAGCAGUUCCUGAAAAGGAGAUUCCUGCUCUCUGAAACUGACUUUACCUUGAGAUACUUCACCAAGGAGGAUUCCAAGAAGCCCAAAGCAGUCAUCUCUAUGAGGGACCUCAAUGCCGUGUUCCAGCCGGAAAAGAUAGGCCACGCCCACGGGCUGCAAAUCUCCUACCUGGAGGAAGAACGAACCAGAAACCUGUUUGUUUACCAUGACAACAGCCAGGAAAUUGUGUCCUGUUUCAAUGCGAUUCGGGCCACCCGGUUUGCUUACCUCAAGAAAGUCGACCCUAAUGCCAGGGAGUGUGACCUCGUACCUUUGAUAACCAGAAGUAGCAUUAAAGAAGGCUACAUGGAGAAAACCGGCCCAACGCAAUGGGAGACAUUCAAGAAGAGAUGGUUCAUCUUAAACUUAACGGACAGAAAGAUGUCCUACUUCAAAACAUCACUGGAUGCUUUGGAACUAGGAGCUGUCUUCAUCGGCACAGAGGUCCAUGGCUACUCUGUGAGGGAGGUCCAGCCUAAGGGGAACCGCAGUGGCAGGUGGAGGUUCGGGGUCACCUUGGAGACGCCAGACAGGCAGUUUGUCUUCCUGUGUGACCAGGAGCAGGAUCAGAGGGAGUGGAUAGAAGCCUUAAAACUAGUAAUCUCCCAGCCUAUGCUACCGCAGCACUACAACACUGAGGCAAACAUGAGAAGGAUGACAAAAUGAAUGGUGUAUAAACCGGAGGAAAGGAUAGCAGCAUUUACAGGAAGAAAUGGCAAUGUGUGAGGCUGGCUCCCUGUUUCAGAGAGCCUACCAGUGACAGGAGGAGGCUUCUCACAAGAGGGGAUCAGUGAACUCUUCAAUGGAGUCAUGUUUAUCGGGAAAUGAUGAGAGGCUAAAUGAACUCAGGCUAAACGAACUGAAGAGCUGCCAAUGUGGACCAGCACUGGUAAUCAUUGCAAGUCACCAUUAUCCAGGGCACCUUGCAAACCGGUGACAGGACUGACUAUUAUGAGAUGGGAACUGAUGUCAUUGUCGGGGACAUUGGGAAUGUAAUAUAUACUUUCUAUUAACUACUGUUCAUAUACACUGAGCGUAUAAAACAUUAAGGACACCUGUUCUUUCCAUGACAUAGACUGACCAGGUGAAGGCUAUGAUCCCUUAUUGAUGUCACUUGUUAAAUCCACUUCAAUCAGUGUCGAUGACGGGGAGGAGGUUAAAUA